UUUAUUUUUAUCAAAAUGCUCACCAAAAAAUGCGAAGAAAUUAAUAUUUUCAAAAAUCGAUUAUUAUAAGAUCAAUCACCAAUGUCGCCCAAAGAGAAAAGAGAAACAAUAACAAAUUGCUAUUUGCAUCAUUCCGUGCAAUGCUCUCCAACACACAAACGACCAAAAUGUAUUCAAUACUAAUGAAUGCUGUAUGCGGUACAAAAAAUGCCUGCGGCAAAAACACACUCACUUUACAUACGCAUCGCACACAUAUACGUUAUCGGAUUUCAACCAAACUUCAUACAAACCAUAUAUGGGCCACUGCCUACGUAGUGUAUAAGCAGGAAUAAUGGGAUGCCCAACUCUCCUGUCACUGGAAAUGUGAGAGCCGCUCACCUACCGAACUUUGACAGUUGACUGGAUUGGGUAGGUUUUGACGUUUUGCAAUUGGAAUGACUGGAACGGCCAGAUUGAAAUUAUACCAAAAAUAUAUGUGAACGGAGAAAUUUGUUGCCGCCGUUCAAGAUCGUUAAUAAAAAUUUAAAACAAUAAAAAUCAAAGAAAAUGCGAAAUUUACAGGCAUGUUCCAGAAAUCGUUUUCGCAUGAAAAUGACAAUGAAAUCGUGAGACGGUGUUCUGAAUACCACUUUGCGAUUACGAAUACACAUUUUUCGAACAUGAAAUCGGUGCGAUAUGGCAUGUUCUAGAAAUCGAUUUCGCAAAUUGUUUGACGUUUUGAUAUCGGUCAAAAAUAAGAGCGCGAAAUUAUUGGAUUUAUUGUAUUUCAAGCGGUGAAGUAAGUCUAAAUUAAUACAAAAUAGAAAAUUAUUGAAUUUGCUUGUAAAACUUAAGAUGUAAGUAUUUGAGCCAGUUAUUUGGAUUUCUUCACAAAAAUUAAUACUUUCCUUUUCUUAUUUUAGGGGAAAACAUAAAAGCCAAACCCAGGAAAAUAUUUUUUUAAAUUGCUGAGCGCUGCGGAGGCUUUGUGGGCAGACCUUGCCAAAAUGUUAAAUAGCGAAGGUCCACCGCAAAAAGACGUUAACGGCUGGAAGAAAGUAUGGUCCGAUUGGAAAGGCUGCAUUAGAAAGAAAAUCGCGCACAACAAAAACGAAAGCAGAGCUACUGGAGGAGGGCAAUUCAAUAAAUUUACCCUGACCCCCAGUGAGGAAGAAGUUGCUCGAAUAUGUGGAAUUUACACGGCGGUGGAAGGCAUUGCAAAUAGCGCUUCAUUUGGAGUGAGCGUUAAUUCUGUUGAUGUGGAAAACGAUUCUUUGGAUGCCAUUUUAAGUAUUGAAGAAAUUGCCAGCGGCGGACCAAAGUCCACACCACGCAAACGACGGCAUGAGGACAGUGUGCAAGAUUGUCUCAAAAAGCACAUGGCAACAGAAGCAGGUGCAGUUGAGAAGAUAUCCGAUACAUUGCAGCUUCUUUCUGCAAAUAUGGAAAAGUUGACGAAAUUAGUGGCGCAACAAAACCAGCUUAUUGCCGAACAAAACGACGAUCGUCGAAAGUAUUAUCUGGCCAAGCAGGAAAGCUUGAUCGCUAAAAAUAUUAUUAAACAAAAGAUGUUAGAAAUAGAAGAAAUUCGAGUCCAAAGGGAUAUUUAUUUAAAACCAAGUACUAAAAAUACCGAAUAA